GUGUAUUGACCGAUUUGACAAGCCUUUUGCACGUGCAAGAACGGCUCACGUUUUUUUGUCGGAUAAUUCGGACUGAUCGGGCGUUAAUGAACCGACAUUAUGGGCAGCAAGUGAGAAUAAAUGUAGAUUCAUAACUGAAAAUUGAACUAGGACUAUUGUAAAAUUAAAUUAAUUGAAUAACUUCGUAUACGACUGAUAAGAUCAUAAAGUGCAUGUGUGGCGCUUGCGAAAUUAUCUUUCAUCAUCAACAUUAACAGUAUCAUUAUAUGCAUCUCAAUUCAUUAUCAUAAAUUAAACGAAUCAAAUAAAUACAGGUAGGAGCGAUAAGACUGUAAAAAAGUGUGUGUGUUUGCCAAAUCAUAAUUCAUUAUCAACAUCAACCCCUUAAAUUUGGCAUAGUUUCUGAAUGAUUUGUUUGUUGCGUUUAUUUUAUCAUACUUUUUAUAAAUGACUAUGUCUGUGAUUGAGAAAAGAGCUUUUGAAUAAUUAAUUCAUUAUAAGUAAAGCUUAUAAUUGCGGGGAGUUUGCAUAUUCAUCAUUUAAUGGAUCGUGGACAAUGUCAGAGUAACUUUUAAGACUUCUUCAGGAGUGGAGUUGGGUGACGAUAGUGUUGGUGAUAUGGUGGUGGUAGUUGUGACAAGGGGGACUGAGUGCAAGCCAGCGAGAAUUCAACAGUUCCAUUCAAUUCGCAUUGAGGGCAGACAUCAACUCUAGGAAAUUAUUUGAAUUUGAAAAUAGAAACAAUCAUGUUGAGAGGAUAUUCGCCGAUUACCCAAGCCCUUUUGGGAACAUUGUUCACAUGGGGUUCUACGGCUGCUGGUGCUGCCCUGGUUAUUUUUAUUAGAGGAAAACAACGAAAGCUUCUGGAUGCCAGUCUAGGAUUCGCCGCUGGCGUGAUGAUGGCAGCAACUUAUUGGUCGCUUUUGAAACCUGCAAUUGAAAUGUCCAAGGAGAGCAAAAUUUAUGGAAACGAAGGAGAAUAUGCGUUCAUACCUGUCGGACUUGGGUUUUUCUUAGGCGCGGCUUUUGUGUAUGGAACGGAUGUGUUGAUUACUACCCUCGGCAUUCAGUCCCCCAAUGUGCUUUUAGCAAUGCAAUCAGUCGGAUUUUAUGAGCAGAGUACAAGAAGAAGGCCUGCGGGUGGAAUCCAGAGGCCGACCGAAGCUGAAGAGACGGGAACUCUUUACGAAGAUCCUGGAAAUGAGUUGAAAAACAAUCAAUGGAGGAGGAUAUUACUGCUCGUCGUUGCAAUUACAGUGCACAAUAUUCCAGAAGGCCUUGCCGUUGGUGUGGGAUUCGGUGCCGUAGGAAGUAGCCUAUCAGCUACAUUUGAAAAUGCAAGAAAUUUAGCAAUCGGAAUUGGAAUACAAAAUUUUCCAGAAGGAUUAGCGGUGUCCUUGCCCCUACAAGCCUCUGGAUUUAGUACUUUAAAAAGCUUUUGGUACGGACAAUUGUCGGGAAUGGUGGAACCCAUCGCUGGAAUCCUGGGGGCUGCUGGAGUCUCUCUCGCUGCUCCUAUGCUACCUUAUGCUCUUUCAUUUGCCGCAGGUGCUAUGAUUUAUGUCGUUGUCGAUGACAUCAUUCCGGAAGCACAACAGAGUGGAAAUGGUAAGCUCGCCAGCUGGAGUUCAAUUGUUGGAUUCCUGGUGAUGAUGUCUCUGGACGUUGGAUUAGGUUAAGAUCAUUUUCUAAAAAUUAUUUUGUACGAGUGUUGUUAUUUCGCACAGCUGGAUAACGAAAAAGCAACGAUAACGACAUCGACUGAUAGAUUAGAGCUUCAUUCCGAUAUCAGUAUUUGUCUGAAUGUCAAAGAGAGUCUGAUUUGCGACAUUUUUACGAAAGCUAGUUUUAAAGAUGGAAUGAAAAAACAGUUUCUGGGUAUUGAAGACAAUAUCUGGUGUAAUUUUUAAAGUCAGGUUUAAAGAGCAGUUUUCGUGCUAUUUCUUGAUCGUUGUUUGGCACAUUUUUGUACAGACUACAAAGUAUUCAUUAAAAUGUUGUGAGCCAGUUUUACGUGCAGCGUUAAGAACGCUCAUUGCAACAAUUUUAUUUAUUAUGAACCUUUUUUGAGAUUGAUUUUAAAUGUUAGGAUUAAGUGUGGAAAACUAAAGUUUAUUUUAUUCAAACGAUAGAAUAUGGACAGCAGCCUGUUAGCUGUACUGAUUUUUCUAUAACUGAAAAGCAAGCUAAAAAAUAACACAAGAAUAUUGUCCACAUGAUUCGCAAUAUAUAUAAGAUUCGUUAUCUUGGAUUUACGUUAUGUUUACUCUUUUGCAAUUAUUGACAAAAGUGUUUGCUAAAAUAACAUUCUGUUAUUUGUUUGUACAAUUGUGAUCAAGAGCCAAGAUGUAUUAUUUGGAAACAUAUAUAUCUAACUAGAAUUAGAUCAUUUACUUAAUUUAAAUAUGGUAAUUUUAAUUCAAAAUUGUAACCCUUGAUUAUAGUCCAAGCAGAUUUCUAAAAUUGGGGAAAGAUUUUUUGAUUAGACAAAAUAUUGCUUUUUUGGUUCGUUUUGUAGUUAGCGUAAAAGAUCGCUGCUGAUUUGUGAGAAAAAUACUAUUUUACAAACUACGCUCAUUGCAUUAUCAGCUUAACCGUCGUUAUUGUCAAAGUUUUGUAAUUAUUGCUUUGUUGAACGUGCACAAUGCUUAUUCCCAAUGUGUUCGAGUUAUAUCACUCCAGGAGUAAUCUUGACGCCGCAGAUUUGUUGCCAGAGUGUGUAAAGUGUGUAGAGUGUAUAUACAUACUCGUAUAGAAGUAUUUUAACGACGACUGUUAUGUACAUAAUAAUAAGUAUUCCUACACUUGCAAAGGCGUAUAACGUAUGUCCAAUAAAAUAAAGAGGUUAUGCUCGUUCACUCGUGUCUCGUUUACAAGAGUGAGCAAAAUUAAUAGAGGCCUGCUCGAGCGAUUGUGAGUGAGUGGAAACGAAUUUUGUUACAGAGAGAAACGAAAAUCAAGUGCCACUUAUGAGUAAGCGUCAAAUAAUGCAGCAAAUUGGUCAAUUCUCCUAUUAUGGCUAAAAAAUUUGGCGAAGAUAUUAAAGAAAAAACUAAGUUAAAUUAAUUGCAAACCAAAAUGAUAAAAUUCUCCUUACGACGAAAUAACUUAUGAAGAAGUGUCUUGCAGACAAAAUGUGCUCUUAGAAAAAUUGUAAUGAAAACUUCGGUCAUUGCACGGUUUAUAUUAAACCAGUUUACAGGGUAAUCGCUGUCUUGAAAAAGAAAAGGUUCGCAAAGUACAGGCCAUAGACUGCCUUACAGUUGCGCUUAUGAAAUCGUUUUUUUGUGAAAACAUAAACGAUUUUCAUAGUGAGAUUUAUGGAAUGUGUGAAAUAAAAAUAUGUUUAUUAGAAUCAAUGACAUCUUCCUUUGAAUUUUGUUAUCAAUUGUUAUAUUUUGUUCAUUCUACGAAAUAUAUUUUCUGGGUGAAGUUAAAACAAAUGUCUCAUUAAAAAAUUUAUCUUUGGGUUUUUAUCGAAACAUUUUUUAUGUAUAAAUUGACUUUCAUCUUUGAGAAAUACUAAUUCUGUACUGAAUACAAUUAUUUUGUAAAUUCUGGAAAAAGUGGUACUAGAGAGAGUGAAGAAAUGUCUGUAUUUAUAUUGUGCAUUUUUUACGAAAAUUAUUGAUACACUCUUUUGCAUUACGUGAUCCAUUCGAAUGUUUAUCUCACAAAACAAUUUCAUAGUGAGGUGCAGAUUAUUUAUCCAAUUUGUACAUAAUUCUGUAAAAUAUAUUUCAAUUCAAUAUAUGUAAUUACUUAUUAUAUUCUGCGUGAUUCUAAUCAUGA